AUGAUAGAAGGUGGAAUUACAUCCAGGAUGUCAGGAAUAAUUGAGAAUGCUGGGCAUCAUCCGUCUCCACAGGACUACAGGCUUCUGACCACGGACCCCUCCCAGCUGAGGGAGGAGGACCUCCCUGGGGACCUGCAGUCUCUGUCAUGGCUCACCUCUGUGGAUGUGCCCCGACUACAGCAGAUGGCUGAUAGCCGAGGCCACAGUAACGGGCCCUCCCAGGGCAGCUUGUUGGAGCAACAGGCAGCUCAGCUGAGCAACAUGACGAUGACAGCGGGACAGGGCUCCAUGCUCCAGCUCCAGACCAACAUGCAGCACAGCCCUCUGGGAAUCAGCAUCAUCAACACCCACAGCGGAAGUAUGUCUCCAUUCUCCAUGAAUGGGCUGCCCUCUCCAGGAUAUCAGUGCCCUACCUCAGUCUACCAGCCCACACCCCAGCAGGUGUACUCUCUAACCCAAACCGGACAACAGUGUUCAACAGGUGGGCUUUAUAGCAAUGUCUCUUUCAACGACCAAAGUCUAUUCACACAACCUCGCCUGGCUCCACAAGACCAGGAGCUGCAGCCCAAGUCUUUCCCCAAGCCAAUCUACUCCUACAGCUGUUUGAUUGCCAUGGCUCUGAAAAACAGCAAAACUGGCAGCCUCCCAGUUAGUGAGAUUUAUAGCUUUAUGAAGGAACACUUCCCUUAUUUUAAGACUGCACCUGAUGGAUGGAAGAACUCCGUCAGACACAACCUGUCCUUAAACAAAUGCUUUGAGAAAGUGGAGAACAAGACGAGCAGCUCGUCCCGUAAGGGCUGUCUGUGGGCACUGAACCCUGCCAAAAUCGACAAGAUGGAGGAAGAGAUGCAGAAGUGGAAACGCAAGGACCUGCCAGCCAUCCGCCGCAGCAUGGCUAACCCUGAUGAGUUGGACAAACUGAUCACAGACCGUCCAGAGAACUGCAGACGUAAGGCUAUAGAGCCCGGCAUGACCCGGCUGCCCAGCUGUCAAACCGGCCUCCCGCUGCCCGUCCCUACCCAGAUGCAGCCGCAGCCUAUAGUCACGCUGUCCCUGCCAUGUUUACCCAUGCACCAGCACCACCAGUUUCAGGCCCAGCUCCAGGCUCAAGCCCGACUGGCCCCCAUGUCCCCUGCCCCGGCCCAGACACCUCCCCUCCACACAGUCCCCGACCUUUCCCACAGUCCACUCACCCAGCAGCCCAGCAAGCCCCCUGACGAUUUCUACAGUGUGCAUGGCGAUACGCACACAGAGGUGGAUGCACUGGACCCAAGCAUCAUGGACUUUGCCCUUCAAGGUAAUCUGUGGGAGGAAAUGAAGGACGACAGCUUUAACUUGGAUGCUUUGGGCACCUUCAGUAACUCGCCCCUCCGACUAUCAGACUGUGACUUGGGAACAGCUAGCCUCCCUCCUGCCUCCACUGGAGCGAACCUGCCACUGUCAGAUGUGCAGGUGACGGGCCUCUACACCUCCUACACCACCCAGGAUCCCCUGACUUCCCAGUACAUGGGCGCACCAGCCAACAGCAAGCCCAUCGCCCUGCUUUAA